AUGUCGUCCCACGCGACUACCAGCGCGUGCGAAAGCUCGCGCAUCAUCAUUGCGGGUGACAACACUGCACCGACGAUGACGACCGCGAACCCAAAUCCGACCCUGCCACUGACACCGGACCAAGAGUUGAUGCCACCACCGAAUCACGACCCAGCACCCGCCCACGCAUCGGACAAAAUACUGUCUGACGCAACGGAUGACGAAAGUCAACAAACUGGAGACCGCAAACGGACUAGGAAGACGAGCACUAACCCAAAGUCAAGACCCAAAAAACCUGGGGACUCAAAACCGAAGCAGACAAAAGCGCCACAAACAACAAAUAAGGAGUCACCGAUCGACAAACCACAGCUACAGGACAACCCACCACUCCAUCAGAGCACACAAGAAACGACAGAAACACACAAAAAAACUGGGGAACAAGAUGAUGACGACGGGGAAUGGGAGACAAUAACCAGCAAGCGUACACGACGUAACACGGCAGACAAAACGGACACUCAAGAACAACCAGCCUUCAACGGCCGAAAUCACGCCACUACAAAGGAGACUGCGCCCCAGGCAAAGAAGCGACGCCGCAGGAGAAGGCGACGACAGCGUCCUGCAGCCGCGGCGAGCCGCGGAGGGACCGUGGAACCAGCGAGAGGAGGCAGCGCCGCGGGAACAACGGCGGCGCCCGGAGGUGAUUCGACGGCGGCCACCGCUCACGUGCGGCCGCCUCCCCCCGCCGCCUGUGGCAAGGGCGGAGGAGGGAGGCGGCGGCGCGACGCAGCGAGUGGGAAGACGGCGACGACAGCCGGUCCUGACAUCGAGUCGGCCCUCCAGGAGGCGGAAGCUCGGUUCCGCAUGGUUCUCCAUGCGGAGAUGGAGGCCGCCUGCCUCACUCUACGUGAAUCCCUUAGCCGCAACACCAACAAGAAGGAAGCGCAGCACCAAGACGACAGGAUGGCAGCAACAGCAGCACAGCCCAGUCGCGACCAGGCCACACAAACGGCCUGGCCUAAGAAGAUGACAAUUAGUCGAGCCGCACAGGCCUCGUUAGAAGGCAAGGAAGAAGCGGUUGAACGACAGGACUCAAGCGUCCAAACCAAGGAGUUCGUCAACCACCGGGCGGAACUGGUGGACAGCGAACGCCUGGACGACGCCAGCCCAAGAGACGUUUACCAGAUGAGCUUCCUGCAAAGCAGGGAGCUCAGAAGAAGAAAGGAGGAAGCCCUGAACGAGCAGUCCAGAAGACAGAGAGAGGAGCAAGAGGCGGAGCGUGACAGGAAACGCGAAGCCGCCACUGCCCGCCGUGAACGCCAGCGUCAACACUGGCAACACGGAAAAUAA